AUGCCACUUUCCCCCCGACUAUCUCCGCAGCAGGAGAACAGUUGGGAGUCAUCAAAGGAAGCUUCCAAGGGAUCUGUACCACGUUUACGUGCACCGGUUCCAGCAAGGAUCUAUGCAUGGACCGUCCCGCGCCUCCCGUUGAUUGAUGGAUUCAAUACCACCCGCAUUUCAAAAGUACUCAUCUCACCCCUCUCCGCAUCGGCACUGUCCCCCCCACCGCUAGCGAUGUCGCUGUCGACAAUGACACUAUACGAGUUCAUGCUCGAGCGGGAGGAUGCGCAUCUCGCCUCACCGUGGUUUGUCGAUGCCCAGUCCGGCAGGGCAAUAACCGGCGCGGACAUCAAGGCGCGGACGGACGCGCUCGCGCGGGGGCUGCACGCCGUGCUGGGGCUGGGCACACACACGAGCGCCGUCCACGCGCACGAGGCGUGCGGCAUCCGCGACGUCGCAGCGAUCGUGUCGCCCAACGCCGUCGACUUCGGGACCGUCGUGUGGGCCGCACACCGCCUGGGAUGCACGGUUGCCUCGUGCACCGGCGGGAGCACCGUGGACGAGCUUGUUCACCAGUUCACCCUGUCGGAUGCCAGGACCGUGUUUGUGCACUCGGAUGCGCUUGACAGAGUCUUGGAAGCGGCCGCUAAGUGUGGGAUCACUCCUGGUCAUAUUGUGGCGUUCUCCGAUCAGUCUGAUUGGUCGCUUCCGGACCAGUAUCAAGAGGCUGGCAUUCAUACACUCGACGGAUUAGUCCAGUGUGGCUUGGGCUUGCUUUCGCGCCCUUUCGAUGUCGUGUCGAGUCCCGUCGCGUUUCUCUGCUUCAGCAGCGGAACGACGGGGUUACCCAAGGCUGUUAUCGUCCCGCACAGCUCCAUAAUUGCGAAUGUCAGCCAGGUGAAGAACUCGGCUGUCCCGACAGCAUGUUCCAGUCCGGGCGACCGCUCACUGGGUGUCAUUCCGUUCUCUCACAUGUUCGGCCUGGUGACUCUGGUACACCUCUGUCCCUACAUCGGCGUCGCCACUGUCGCCUUCAAGAGCAUGCCAUCUUUCCCCGUCUUCCUCGAGACCGUCGUGCGCCUGCGCAUCGCGCACCUGUUUCUCGUCCCGCCCCUGGUCAGCGCUUUUGUCAAGCACCCCGCAACAGCCAACGUCGACCUCCGCUUCUUCAAGUCCGCCAUGAUCGCUGCGGCCCCGCUCGAUGCGGAGAUGGAGAGCGCGUUCCAGCGCGUGGGUGGACCCGGGUUCGUCGUCACGCAGGGAUUCGGGAUGACGGAAUGCGGAGGGCUGAUCACGGCGCUGCCGCUCGGAGCAGAUCCGCUGCCGGGAUCUGUGGGUCGGGUGCUCGAUGCGACGGAGACCAAGAUCACUGACGCACGCGGGAACGAGAUGUCGGCCGGAGAACGGGGGCUCCUCUGUGUGCGCGGGCCGCAGCUUUGCCCAGGCUACCUGAACAACCCGGCUGCGACCAGCGAGAGCUUCGAUGCGGAGGGCUUCCUGCUCACCGGCGACAUCGCGUAUCGGGACCCAGACGGGUACAUCUUCGUCGUCGACCGCAAGAAGUAUAUCAUCAAAAACAAGGGCUUUCAGGUCUCUCCUGCGGAGCUGGAGGCGCAUCUGCUGGGCAUGGACGUCGUGCUGGACGCGGGCGUGAUCGGCAAACCCGACGCGCGUGCCGGCGAAGUGCCCGUCGCGUUCAUCGUUCUCUCCGCCUCGGGCGCCGCCGAGGACCCGCGUGUGGUGAAGGAGACGAUCAAGAACUCGGUCAAGCAGGCCAAGUCGAGCUACAAGUGGCUGCACGACGUUUAUAUCGUGGAAAAGAUCCCGAGGCUGGCGUCUGGCAAGAUCAUCGCCCCCUUGCUGAAGCAGAUGCUCAACGACACACUCAUCUUGGCGCAGCCUCCGCCCGCCAAGUCUCGAAGGACGGCUUGGUGGCCGGUCCUUCGUCGAUUGUGGGCCCGUAACAAGCUGGCCCCGGUUUAAUUGUCCAGCUCGUCGUUAUCCCUAGAAUGUUACCUAUGCAUGUAUUUAUUGACACACACAGACUGUCUGUACAACCCCGCUUUACUUAUCGUCGAGUUACAUAUAUGCUUGCUUGUAUCCGGCACAUCCCGUUCAGCAGUGGCCCCGCUUGAAAACAUAGGUCGUCAGACUCUCAGCCUUGAGAGGCAGCGUGUAAACACUUGGGCUCGAUUUGGCACCGGGAGCAAUCGCCGCAAAGUCCUCCGUGGCACUCGUGCGCACGGCGGACAGCGGGCAGACGUGCCCGUGGAAGGUCACGUCCAGCGUCGAGUCGGUGCUGUUCGGGUUCAUGAGCAGCAGCGAGUAGGUCGUCUCCGAUGCGACGGCCAUCAUAUACUCCUGGACGUCCGGGCCGACGAGCGGGUGGCGGACCG